CCCCGUCAGAACUUGCUUGCGGCGGCGGGCAGAAUCGGCGAAGCCUCGCAGGAAGUUAUGAAUGAGGUCGGAGAGACGGCUCAGGACUUGGACAAGAUCUUCCAGGACACCCUCCUGUCCCUGGCUAAGGCAGUUGCCAACGCCACGGCCUCCCUGGUGCUCCAGGCAAAGACAGUGGCCAACACGGCUCAGGACCCGGUACAGCAGGACAGAGUCAUCUCCUCCGCCACUCAGUGUGCGCUGGCUACUUCCCAACUG